AUGAUAGGUGGAAAUGAAUCCUGUACUGCAGGACCGAUACCUAUGUCCUACUUAACCUGCCUGACUUACGUUCUGGGAGAAUGGACUGGUGUGGAACACAUAGAAGAUUAUCUGAGUUAUGCAGUCUACCUUUUAUGGGUGCUUUUUCCCCUUGCAGUAGUUUUUCUACUUCCGUCAGUUCUCAUCAUCCUCUUCUACACUUCCAUUCUCCUUCUUCAUAUUUAUAAAAGGAAGAAUGAACUAAAGGAAGCUUAUUCCAAUGAUUUUUGGGAUGGUGCAAAAGAAAUGUUGGCUACCCUAUGGGAUGGACAUGGAAGAAUAUGGCAUGGUUAUGAGCUUCACGGUGCUGAAAAUAUUCCUGAAGGACCAGGGCUUAUUGUGUUUUAUCAUGGAGCUACUCCUGCUGACUAUGUCUAUUUCAUGGCUAGACUUCUUAUACAAAGGAAGAGAUACUGCCACGUAGUAGCUGAUCAUUUCGUCUUUAGAUUACCAGGUAACAUCCUUUGUUAUAAACAAUCAGUUUGA